AUGUCGGAAUUCGUGCCGAAGAUCGCCCAACUGCAGCAAGAGGCAGAGCUUCUGCGCAGCGGCGAGCUGAAAGAGGUCUUGCAGGCGAUGAAGGAGCUUCGCAAGCCCGAGUUGCGGAGUGCUUUCGGUGAGGUGGAUCAACUUCUCUGUGCGCUGGUCUCCGCGAUUGAUGGCCUGCGUGAACACGCGCAAAGCAUCCGCCGCUCCGAGCUUCGCGAGCAGUUCCAUGCAAUGGACCGAUCGGCUCAGGACUGGGUCGGCAAAGUGGAGAAGGACGCGGUGGAAUCUUUGACCGGGUUCCGUGCAGAUGAUGGCGUUGACACAAUGAUGGAGGUCCACGUCGUUGGGCUCAGCCAUCACAGUGCCCCGGUGGAGGUUCGGGAAAAGCUGGCCGUGGCCCAGGCUGAUUGGAACGCCUAUGCGCAGGAGUUGGUGGAGUAUGGCCAGACCGCAAACGGCUACUUGGUGCCGGAACUGGCCGUCCUUUCCACGUGCAACCGCUUCGAGCUCUACUUCGCCUCCCCGGAGAUCAAGAAGUUCGCAGCCGUUGAGGCCGUCCGCGCUUUCUUGAGCCAGAAGUCGGGAAUUCCCCGCGAGGAGCUGGAGCCGUAUCUGUUCAGCCACAGCGGCGAGGCCGCGACGCAGCACCUGUUUGAGGUGAGCUCCGGUCUUGACUCCCUCGUGCUCGGUGAAGCGCAGAUCCUUUCGCAGGUGAAGGCUUGCCACGAGCAUGCCAUCCAAAAGGCUGAGGAGGACACGAUGGCUGGGUGCGGCGGAAAGAUCGUCUCGCGGAUGCUCAAUGCGGCGAUCCGAAUGGGCAAGAUGGUGCGCACCCGAACGAAGAUCGGCAAAGGAUCGGUGUCCGUGUCGAGUGCAGCGGUGGAACUCAUGAUGUCCAGGGCGAUGCAGGACCUGCGGAAGCCCGCGAGCAAGCUGCAUGUGUGCAUCAUCGGCGCGGGCAAGAUGUCCAGGUUGCUGCUGUUGGCGCUCUUCAGCAAGUACCCUGACAUCAAGGUCAGCCUCGUGAAUCGCUCCGUGGAGAAGGCCCAGGAAGUGCUCGACGAUGAGUUGGUCAGGAACCGUGGCGGGUCGAAUGCAGAGGUCGUCCCGUUGGAGAAGAUGUUCGAGGUGAUGCGCCAGAGCGAUGUUACCUUCACAGCUACCGGGAGCAAGGUUCCCAUCAUCCAGCCGGAGGACCUCCAGGACCUGGAGAGGAACCUCAUGCUGGUGGACAUCUCCGUGCCGCUGAACGUCGCACCUGGCUGCGAAGAGGUUGACAAGGUGGCGUCCUACUCUGUCGACGACCUGAAGAAGGUGGUCCAAGCCAAUGCCGAGAAGCGCCAGUCGGAGGUUGACAAGGCAAGACGCCUGAUCACCGAUGAGGUGCAAAAGUUCAAAUGCUGGCAGGCCUCUCAGGGUGCCGUGCCCUACCUUGCAGCGCUGCAGGCGAUGGCUGAGCAGAUCCGGCGUGCCGAGUACGCGAAGAUGGAGCACAAGCUCCGGGGCCUUCAGGACAAGGAGAAGGAGGCGCUAGACAAGCUCACGAGGCACAUCGUGGACCAGCUGUUCCGGCCUGUCUACUACUCCAUGAAGGAGCGACGACUCCAGCACCCCUCUGAGGAAAGCUCUCCCAAGAUCAAAACUCCACCCAAGCCGCCGCAGCCGGAGGACUUACUGAAGCGCCGACGCUCUGCUUCCCGUCGGCGGGCAGUGAAUGCGUCUGAGGUGUGCGAGGAGGAGCGUCGCUCGCCGACAAUCGCUGCUGGCUCUUUCCGCCCAGCGACGACGCUUUAUUUGGGUCUGCCCUUUGCAUGGCGAGAUCUACAGGAGAUGGCGGCAGCCGAUGAGAAGCUGUUGAAUGCUCCAGCUCGUGACGACGCAGAUGUACCUAUUCCGGAGGUCGAGCCUCCUGAAUCCAGCGCCUAA